GAAAGAGAGAGAGAGAGAGAGAGAGAGAGAGGAAGGAAGGAGGGGACGGACGGACAGCUCCACAGUCAGGCACAGGCAGCCGUGAGGAACUCGGGGAGAGGGAGCCACACAUACGCCGCCUCCCCAACAACAACAACAGCAACAACAGAGCCGAGCGGAGCGGAGGGAGAAGUGAAGGGCAAAAUCUCACCGAACAGACAGCGGAUCUGAGCGCGUCGCCGCGCCGGAGACUCACUCCGCCUCGCCGGACUCGCCUUGUGGCUGGAGUGAAGGGGGUUCCGACAAACUUGUGGAAUUUACCGGGCGGACUGCAGACAGAGACCCGGGCUACCUCCGACUCCGGGACACUUACCUUAUUUUUUUCUACGGUUUAAUUUCAUUUGUGCGUGAACUGCCCUGAGAAGAGCCGCCGGUGCGCGCGCGCCUGUGUGUGUGUGUGGUGUGUGUAUGUGCGCGUGAGGAGAAACUGCAGCUUUGGCCGCUGACAGUCAGACAGCAGCGUUAGCAGCACCAGCUCUUCUUCUUCUGCUUCUUCUCCUCCUCCUCCUUCUUCCUGCGUUCAGCCAGAGACCCGACACUUGUUUCUCCUCAUCGCUUCUCUCAGCAUUUCCACUCCAGCGCGUUCGUCUCGCUGUGUUUUUACUGCUCUCCUUUCUAGCAUUUGUGCGCUCCGGGGCCUCAGUUGUGAUUUUUUUGGAAUAUGGUGGGGGAAAUGGAAGCGAAGGAGAAGCCGAAGCCUAGCCCAGACUAUCUCAUGCAGCUCAUGAACGACAAGAAACUGAUGAGCAGUCUGCCCAACUUCUGUGGCAUCUUCAACCACCUCGAACGGCUUCUGGACGAAGAGAUCAGCAGGGUACGGAAGGACAUGUACAAUGACACGUUAAAUGGCAGCACGGAGAAGAGGAGCUCGGAGCUGCCAGAUGCUGUGGGUCCCAUCGUUCAGCUCCAGGAGAAGCUCUAUGUGCCUGUUAAAGAAUACCCUGAUUUUAAUUUCGUGGGCCGGAUCCUGGGCCCGCGGGGGCUCACCGCCAAGCAGCUGGAGGCUGAGACAGGAUGCAAGAUCAUGGUGAGAGGCAAAGGCUCCAUGAGAGACAAAAAAAAGGAGGAGCAGAACCGGGGCAAGCCGAACUGGGAGCACCUGAAUGAGGACCUGCACGUCCUGAUCACAGUUGAAGACGCUCAGAACCGCGCUGAGAUCAAGCUGAAGCGGGCCGUGGAGGAAGUCAAUAAGCUACUGGUGCCUGCGGCUGAAGGAGAGGACAGUCUGAAGAAGAUGCAGCUGAUGGAACUGGCCAUUCUAAAUGGCACCUACAGGGACGCCAACAUUAAAUCACCUGCCCUUGCCUUCUCUCUUGCAGCGAGUGCCCAGGCACCCCGCAUCAUUGCCGGCCCCGCCCCCGUCCUGCCGCCGGCUGCCCUGCGCACCCCAACGCCCGCCGGCCCCACCAUCAUGCCCCUCAUCCGCCAGAUUCAGACCGUCAUGCCCAACGGCUCAGCUCACCCAGCUGCCGCCGCCACCCUGGUGCCACCUGGCCCGGAAUCAGCGGGCCUGAUUUACGCUGCGCCCUACGAGUACCCCUACACACUGGCACCUGCCACAUCCAUCCUGGAGUACCCUAUCGACUCCAACGGGGUGUUAGCAUCCUCAAAGGCCGAAGAGCUGCCCCUCUACCUGGGCUUUCAGACCUGUCACUUUCCCAUCACUGUCCAGCGCGGAGAGCCGACCAGCCGGCCUCCAUUUUAAAGCACCCUCCCACCCUUUCCCUUCUCUGACCCACAGUCACUACUCCAGCUCCCUCACCCACCCCCCUCCCCACUCUCUCCCAAUCCCCACCCGUCUUUAUCGGACUGACCGGAAAGCGGCUCCCCGGUGGCUCUUUCAUUGUUUAUCUCUUCUGAAACCACGUCUUUUUCUUUUUUUAUUGUUUUGUUUUCAUUUGUAAUGAAUGUGCUGUGUUCAAACUGUGUACCGUAAUACGAGGGAGAUCUUAAAAAAAAAAAGCACUGAGCCCCAAACUGCUGCAAACCUUCUCUGGAUGCUCCCUCCAUUCCCCGCCCUCUUAGGGGCGGGGCAGUCCGGAGGGGGUAUCAGGAGGAGUAACAUGACGACGGUGAGGGGACAGUGGGGGUCAGAGAGGGGCUGCUUUGGGAGACAGAGGGCGAUGGGGCAUCUGUUAUAAGCAAAGCUCAGCCGUUGUAGGACAGUUUGACGGGGCUUUCCAGGCUUGUUUACAGAACAAUAUGAACAAAUGUAAUAAAUAUAUGACCAAACUGGCUCUGAGAGGCCUUGCUUUGCAGGGUCUCAGAUCUGGACUGCCCUAAAACGGCUUUGGUAAUGCAUGGGUAAUGCGACUGGCACUAAUUUCCCAUUCCCUUCCUUUAUUCUUUAGGUGUGGCUUUCCCCACGAAAGGCUAAAAGCGCUUUUGAGGAUCCUUACUGAGCCCCUCAUCCGAUCUGAGUGUUAACACACAUGCGCUUUCGUUUCAACGCGGCCUUGUUUUUGAUGAACCAUGAAUAUGAGUCUAGCAGUCAGUCAGACACACUACUGUUUUUGUUUACACUGGCCACUCCUCACCCAAAGAGGCUCCGCUCCUAGCAUAUACAUAUA